AUGUCAUUACUGCUAGAGCCGAAGAAGGCGAAAAUGGAGAAAUGCGAUACUUUUGAUAGGUCAAAUGCAUGGAGGGAGUUUGGAAUCUCCAACAGCCACUCUCCGUUUCUUCACGCUGAACGAUUGAACAUUGCAAAAUGGAAAAGUAGCCCACCGCCUAAGUCAAGAAAUCCACACUACUGCAUUGUCAUCGCGCAACGUUGCUGCAUCUACCAUGUUAAGUUAAGGCAGCAAAAAAUAAUGAAGGAAAUUAACGCAAGUAACGUGUUCGCCGAACUGUGGGACUCAACGAAUACUCAGUACUUACCUACCUUCUCUGUUUUUUGA